GCUGCUUUUGUUCUCUGGAAUAUUUCAAAUUCGUUUAAAAGAAAAAUAAACAAACAAUUUGAAGAUCGCUACGUUUGGACUUCAAUUUCGUCAUAAAGACUAUUCUCUUCUUUCUCUCAGGCAAUUCCCAAGAUCUUCCAAAAUUCGGACGUCAUGGGUCAUGUUGAGAUCUGGGUAUUGACAAUGUGCGUGAUAUUUCAAUUGGGAUAUGGGUUUUAUCUGCCUGGUAGUUACCCUCACAAAUAUGUUGUUGGGGAUCCUUUAUCUGUCAAAGUAAAUUCCUUAACUUCCAUUGACACCGAAAUGCCCUUUAGCUAUUACAGUUUACCCUUUUGUAAGCCUAAAGAGGGUGUUAAGGAUAGUGCUGAGAAUUUGGGUGAGCUUCUCAUGGGAGAUCGGAUUGAGAAUUCACCAUAUAAGUUUAAAAUGUACGUUAAUGAGUCUGAGAUCUUCUUAUGUCAAUCUAAUAAGGUAUCGGCUGAUGAUUUCAAGUUGUUGAAGAAGAGGAUUGAUGAGAUGUAUCAGAUUAACUUGAUUCUCGAUAAUUUGCCUGCAAUAAGGUAUACUAAGAAAGAGGGUUUUAUGUUGAGGUGGACCGGGUAUCCGGUUGGGGUUAAGGUUCAGAAUGUGUAUUAUUUGUUUAAUCAUUUGAAAUUUAAGGUGCUUAUUCAUAAGUACGAGGAAACAAGUGUGGCACGUGUGAUGGGAACAGGGGAUGCUGUUGAGGUUAUGCCCACUGUUACCAAGGAGGGUUCAGAUAUGCCAGGACAUAUGGUUGUUGGGUUUGAGGUGGUUCCUUGUAGCGUGGUGCAUGAUGGUAAUUUAGUUAAUAAAUUGAAAAUGUAUGAAAAAUACCAAUCUCCAAUAAAAUGCGACCCAAAUGCUGUCUCAAUGCCCAUCAAGGAAGGUGAGCCGAUUGUCUUCACCUAUGAGGUUGCUUUUGAGGAGAGUGAUAUCAAGUGGCCAUCUCGAUGGGAUGCUUAUUUGAAGAUGGAAGGAUCCAAGGUCCAUUGGUUCUCGAUCUUGAAUUCUCUUAUGGUGAUCACUUUCCUUGCUGGUAUAGUCCUUGUGAUCUUUUUAAGGACUGUUAGGCGGGAUCUGACCCGGUAUGAGGAGCUAGACAAGGAGUCUCAAGUACAGAUGAACGAGGAGUUAUCUGGGUGGAAGUUAGUUGUCGGGGAUGUUUUCCGUGCCCCAUCCAAUCCUGCUCUUUUGUGUAUUCUGAUAGGGGAUGGAGUUCAGAUCCUUGGUAUGGCAAUUGUGACAAUAUUGUUUGCUGCUCUCGGAUUUAUGUCACCAGCAUCCCGUGGCACUCUUAUUACAGGUAUGCUAUUUUUCUACCUAAUUCUAGGUAUUGCAGCUGGCUAUGUUGCAGUACGUCUUUGGAGAACGAUUGGCUGUGGUGAUCAUAAAGGAUGGAUUUCUGUCGCUUGGAAAGCUGCUUGUUUCUUUCCUGGUAUUGCUUUUUUAAUUCUAACCAUUUUGAAUUUCCUGUUGUGGGGAAGUCACAGCACUGGAGCCAUUCCAUUUGCUGUUUUUGUUAUUCUACUUCUGCUCUGGUUCUGUAUCUCAGUUCCACUCACCUUAGUUGGUGGAUACUUUGGGGCUAAGGCGCAUCAUAUUGAAUAUCCUGUCCGAACCAACCAGAUCCCUCGUGAAAUCCCAGCUCAAAAGUAUCCAUCAUGGUUGUUAGUUCUUGGUUCUGGGACCCUGCCUUUCGGUACCCUUUUCAUCGAGCUAUUCUUCAUCAUGUCUAGCAUAUGGAUGGGACGAGUCUACUACGUUUUUGGGUUUUUAUUUAUUGUUCUAAUUCUUCUUGUUGUGGUUUGCGCCGAAGUAUCUUUGGUGUUAACUUACAUGCAUCUGUGUGUGGAGGACUGGAAGUGGUGGUGGAAAUCCUUCUUUGCUUCUGGUUCAGUUGCUAUCUACAUCUUCUUGUACUCCAUAAAUUAUCUUAUAUUUGAUCUUAAGAGUUUGAGUGGACCCGUGUCUGCUACUCUUUACUUGGGGUAUUCUCUUUUCAUGGUUCUUGCAGUCAUGCUCGCAACAGGCACCGUUGGAUUCCUUUCUUCUUUCUGGUUCGUGCAUUAUUUAUUUGCUUCGGUAAAGCUGGAUUGAAAAAAGCUUGUCCAGCCACAAAAAUUGGCACAUUUAAGAGGUAGGCAGCCCUGAACAUAAAAAGUCAAAAUCAUCUCUUGACUUCGAGCAUUACUUUGUUAGGGAAACUUUAGUAAGUGGAAUAACCAAUAAGUCGGCCCAGUUUUGCUUAAUUCUUUAUUAGAUGUCUAUGAUGCAUGACAACACAAUACCGAGUCUGUUUUUGCAGUCUGAUGUAUCAUUGGAGGCCAUUUUUGUGUCGUUUUGGUAACAUACAUUUGGGUAAUUUCAUGUUGGAAAUACGUUAUCAGA